AUGAGUACUCUUAAGAAAGAUUCUAAAAUUAUUCUUGUUGGUUCAGGAGUUUUUGGCCUAUCCAACGCCCUGCAUCUUGCAAGUAACGGAUAUACCAAUGUUACUGUAUUUGACAGAUUGGACCUUGAGGCACAAAGGUUUACCUUAUUGAGGGGUUCCGAUACUGCCUCCGCUGAUAUAAAUAAAGUGUUCAGGGCGCAGUAUGCAGAAAAAAAGCACUAUCAGGACCUUGCAUUUCAAGCUUUGGAUGUUUGGCAAAAAUGGAACAGAGAUAUACAAUUACUACCUGAAGAUGAGGCUAAAAAUUUCACAGGACUGCAGCUUUUGGAUAUGUGUGGGACAUUGAAGAUUGAUGAUAUUUUUGGUUGGGAGGAAAAGGCCUCGAUGGAAAACUACAUAAAGGAGGGUCUUGGAGCAUUGCGAUAUGAUAUGAACGAUCCGGCCGAUCUUAAAAGGGCAAGAGCUGCAGGAUAUGGUCCUAAACUGGAGAUUGCACUACAACUCAAAAAACACAAAAUCCCUCAGUUGGUUGGUGCAUUCGAUUCCAGUUCAGGCAUACUGUAUGCGUCGAGAUGUUUGCAAUACGCAAGCUACCUCUGUAGGUCAAUGGGCGUCAAAUUUGUUCUUGGAGGCUGUAAAGGAACAUUCAAGGAUUACAUCUGCAAUAACAAUACUGACAUCAAAGGUAUAAUCACUGAAGAUGGAAAGAAGCAUUUUAGUGAUCUUGUUGUUAUAAAUUGUGGGCCGUGGUCUACAAAGCUUGUUCCAGAAUUAACAGGCAUCAAUGAGGCUACAGCUGGAAAUGUCCUAAUUUGUAAGAUUCCAGAUUACCGCAAUGAUUUGAAAGUGAAGUAUUCAUCCAAAAAUUUUCCAAUGCUGGCAUGGAAAUCUGGACACUCAAGGGAACACGAGCAUUUGGGUGGGUUGUUUUUGUUUCCGUGCAUGGAACCCGAAGGAUACAUGAAGAUUAUUAUUAGACAAACUAAGUACACCAACCCUGAAGUCCUUAAAGACGGAAGAGUGGUCUCGAUCCCUAAAACUGCAAUUAGCUCUCCCCCUUUUAAGUAUCUAACCAAAAACAUUGUAGGGCAGGUAGAAGAGUGGCUUAACAUUUUCUUUCCUGACUUGGUGGAUCUAGAAUGGCAAAGCAAAAUUUUGUGGUACACAGACACUAUAAACAAUGAUUAUAUUUAUGAUUUUGUUCCUGGCAAAAAGAAUUUGUUUGUCGCAUGUGGGGGUUCUGGUCAUGCAUUCAAGAUGUUACCCGUCCUCGGUCAGUUUUUGGUCGACAAAAUCGAAGGUCGUGAAAAUCUUUAUACAAACCUGUUUUCUUGGAGAAGGCCAGAAGACUUUUCUUCUGACCCAAAUGGACUUCAGGAAGGUUUGGAAGGUAGCCGAGUGUAUUCCAAGCAGAUUAUGUCCGUCGCUGAGGACUACAAUUUCAGAAGGUUACCAAAAGCAAAGCUUUAG